GUCAGCAGGAGAUCAUUGCUGACCUCCAGCGGUGAGUGUUGGACAUGCAUGCCUCAACCCCAGCUCCUGUCAUGCGAGCUGGUCCAUAUGCUUGUCAAAGCAGCAUAGCAAUGGGGAGUUCACCAACUGCAUUGCUGUUGAAACAUACUACUAACUGAACACUUCAAAACAAAAACCUACCAGCUCUUAUCGGCAGAGGAUAGCUUGUCAACGCCGGUGAACGAAGGCAUGGACCCGAAAGACACAGCUCCGGAUUCGUGGGAGCUGGAGGAAGAUGCCGAGGCCCCGGCCACCGCGUCGGAUCUCCCGGGCGCUUUCGCCGCACUCAACGUCAACGCCAAGCCGUUCGUCCCCAACGUCAACGCGGCGGUGUUUGUGCCCAGCUUCCUUCAAACCACCACGCCGGAAACCCUUCCUUCGGACGGUGCCCCUGAUUCAGUUGGCAGUAUGGAGGUGGCAGAAACAGUUGCUCCGUUGGAGAACGGCGGCUCAGAGGCAGACGUUUCUGCGGAGGAAGUGACGUGGGAGCAAAACGACGGCGAGCCAGGCGGAGGCAAGGAGGACCUGCUUGCUUCAGGGGAUUGUCAGCCGUAUGCUAAGAGUAAGGAGGAGGAGGACGAUGAUGAGGAGAUGAUGAUUAUGGAGGAGGAAGAGGAGGAAAUACCCGUGCCUAAGGUGGCGCCUUUGACGCCGGACGCCCCCAAGAAAGAACAUGUGAACGUCGUCUUCAUCGGUCACGUGGAUGCUGGCAAAUCAACUAUUGGAGGACAGAUCAUGUAUUUAACUGGAAUGGUGGAGAAGCGGACCUUGGAAAAAUAUGAAAGGGAAGCCAAAGAAAAGAAUCGAGAGACAUGGUACCUGUCGUGGGCUCUGGACACAAACCAGGAGGAGAGAGACAAAGGGAAAACGGUGGAGGUUGGCAGGGCGUACUUUGAGACGGAGAAGAAACACUUCACCAUCCUUGACGCUCCUGGGCACAAGAGCUUUGUCCCCAACAUGAUCGGAGGAGCGUCACAAGCUGACCUGGCCGUUCUGGUGAUCUCGGCAAGGAAGGGCGAGUUCGAGACCGGCUUUGAGAAAGGCGGACAGACUCGGGAACACGCCAUGCUGGCUAAAACAGCAGGCGUUAAACAUCUCAUUGUCCUGGUCAACAAGAUGGACGACCCCACAGUCAACUGGAGCCUCCAUCGGUAUGAGGAGUGUAAAGAGAAGCUGGUGCCGUUUCUAAAGAAGGUGGGCUUCAAUCCCAAGAAGGACAUCUACUUUAUGCCUUGCUCUGGACUCACAGGUGCCAACCUCAAGGACCCCCUACCCGAAUGCCCCUGGUACACGGGGUUGCCAUUUAUUCCCCACUUGGAUAGUUUGCCAAACUUCACCAGAUCCAGCGACGGCCCGGUCAGGCUACCUAUUGUAGAUAAGUAUAAGGACAUGGGUACAGUAAUUCUCGGGAAGCUGGAGUCCGGCUCGAUCAGCAAAGCCCAGCAGCUGGUCAUGAUGCCAAACAGGCAUAUAGUUGAAGUUUUGAGCCUCCUCAGUGAUGAAGUGGAGACAGAUGAUGCAGGUCCUGGGGAGAACCUAAAGAUGAGGCUCAAAGGCAUAGAAGAAGAAGAGAUCCUGCCUGGUUUCAUCCUAUGCAGCCCCGACAACCUCUGCCAUACCGGACGCACCUUUGACGCUCAGAUCGUCAUCAUUGAGCACAAAUCCAUCAUCUGUCCUGGUUACAAUGCAGUCCUUCACCUCCAUACCUGCAUUGAGGAGGUGCAGAUCUCAGCCCUAAUCUGUAUGGUGGACAAGAAGACGGGAGAGAAAAGUAAAAUACGACCACGAUUUGUUAAGCAGGACCAGGUUUGUAUUGCCAGGUUCCGGGCAGCAGGAGUCAUCUGCAUGGAGACGUUCAAGGACUUUCCUCAGAUGGGACGAUUCACGCUCCGAGAUGAAGGCAAGACCAUCGCCAUCGGCAAAGUGCUGAAGCUGAUACCGGAAAAGGACUAAAUGCAACAAUGGCCAAAUAUGCAAAGUUGUUCUGCUUGUCACCAGAGGAGAAACGUUACCACAGCUACCAGUCUCUCACGUACAACUGUGCUGAAGAAAAGAACAUCCAAGGGAAAGAGGGAAUUCAUCCUGUCAAAUGAGACUGGAUCUGUUUUUACGAUGAACUAUCUAAAGAGAAAGAGAGAGACAAAAAAAAAAAGGUCCAGUGUCAGCGUUCUCAUAUUGAGAGCUCCAAUGCCACUAAUGUAGCUUACAUGAAUCAAAACACUGUAGGCUGUCCACACUACUAUGGAUAACGUGUUGCUAAGGGGGGAUUCUGCAAAGUGACUUUAGGUAUGUUGAGUGCUAAGGUGGCCUUACCUAUUAUUUAAAGCAGCCGUAUCAUCGUGGUAACUUCGGCUAAACCAAACUUUCAGCUUAAAAUGGGCUAUGAAAGCAUUGAAAACCCAGUGGAUAUGCUAGCAAGAAUAAUUCAAGCAGCAUUACAACAUUCCCCAAUCAAAUUAUCCAUCGAGAUAGAUUAUCAACUGCAAUAUGAAAUAUGAAUUGGGCCCAUGUUAGCAUGUAUAUGUCACAUCAGACCUUGUGAGUACUCACCCUGUCGGUGUUUUUAUAUUACAAUAUUUCCUGGAGGAAUAAGCACUCUGAUGCAUUAGUUGAGUUAAAAAGAACUUAAAAAGUUGUCACUAAGUCGCAACAAAACAGGUCAACACUGCCACCUAGUGGUCAUUGCUAAGUACAGCAUAGUACGUACUUGUAUGUUACAGAUAAUGAGUAUAAUUGAUGAAGUCUUUAUUGUCAUUGUACAGUGAAAGUAGAUUUGAAACUGAAGCUGUUGUCACUUUUGCAGAAUACUCCCUAAAAGCAGGAAAUAACUACGGAAUAAUUUUGUCUCCUCCAAAACAAAUCAUGCAAUUCUAAUUUGAUAAUCCAUUGGACGUUUUAUAUUUUAAGUGUUGCUGUACCACCAGCAUUAGUUUGGUUUCUCUCACACACUACUGAUGAACAAACGAACAUGUUGCAUAUUCAACAUCUAAAAAAAUAAAUAAAUGAUGACGCUAGA